AUGAAUGCCGACCUGCUGCAGCAUCUUUCUCACUUCAAUGAGGUUGCCAGCUCUUCGGGGUUGAAGAUUGCUCAGCCAGAGUCGACUCUUGGAACUUCUACCACAAUUGUUGCUGUUGAAUCGAUUCCUGAGAAAGAAGUGGUCGCUGAGGAGCCAAAGAAGCUUGGUUUCCCUGGAAUUGAUCUGAAAACAUGGGAGGCAACCGAGUGGCCAAACAUUCAAAAACGCCAACAAGAGGCUAUGGCUCAACUCGUCCAAAAGCGACAAGAAGAGGAUAUGACUCUACUUCAGGAGAAACUCACCAAGAGUCAAGCUGAGAAAGAUGAGAAGCCAAAGGAAACGAAAUUUCCAGGAAUCGACCUAAAAACAUGGGAAGAAACCGAGUGGCCAAUCAUCCAAAAGCGUCAACAACAAGAGGCUAUGACUCGAAUUCUGGAGAAACUUGCAAAGAGUCAAGCUGAGAAAGCUGUGACUAUGGAAAAACAAGAGGCUUUAGCAAAGAGUCAAGCUGAGAAAGAUGAGAAGCCACAGGAGAUGAAGUUUUCAGGAAUCGAUCUGAAAAUAUGGGAGGCAACCGAGUGGUCAAUCAUUCAAAAACGUCAACAAGAGGCUAUGGCUCAACUCGUCCAAAAGCGACAAGAAGGGGAUAUGACUCUACUUCAGGAGAAAUUCACCAAGAGUCAAGCUGAGAAAGAUGAGAAGCCAAAGGAAACGAAGUUUCCAGGAAUCGAUCUGAAAGUCUGGGAGGCGACCGAGUGGCCAAUCAUCAAGAAGCGUCAAGAGGAGGAAGCAAAACAACAGCAAAUGCAAGAGCAAGAUGACAACAUCAACAACGACAACGUCAGUGUUCACAGCGCUCCUCCACUCACUCCCAACAUCGAAUGGCCAUUGGAGGAAGAGGAGGACAACAAUGUCAACGUUGCCACCGCCUCAAUUGAUCCCUCUGCCGCUACUUGCACUGAGGAUGAGGCCGACAACGUGAGUGUCCAAACCGCCAUCGAAAUCCCCCAGACAGUCCUUACUAUGCCUGUCGAUAUGCGAAAGCUUAAACGCGGGGAUUUGAUCAUAGCUCAAUGGGAUGCUGCCCAUGAUGCCUAUUCGGUUCCAAGCUUCGGCUCCCGCAAGUACUUCGUCAACGAGGAGUCGCUCAAGGAGAACCAAAUUCCUCGCUAUUUGCGCUGCUUCCACGCCACCGUUCAACGCAUCGAUUUGUGCCGUGUGCGCAAAGUGGAGAAUCGCUACCGUCUCCCCGUCGGAACCGAGAUCUGCCGUAUCCAUUUGACUCCAGCCUCUGCUCAGAGUGUAUUCGAUGGCGCCGUUUCCCAA